UUGGUUUGUUCGGCAGCAAUUAUAAAGGCGGUUAAGGAACGUAAUAUGGCAGAUAGCAUAAAGAUUACUAUUGAGAUUCCCAGGGCAGUUGUUAGAGACGUAAUAGUGGGAGCAGUGGGAAUCGGUGCAAUAUAUGCUGGAUAUCGCAUAUUUAGAGGAAGUAUUGAUGCCGCUGUUACUAAAGCCUUCGGUGGCGAAAGAUCAGAUCAAAAAGUCGAGGAUAUUAAACCUGGAUCUUUGCAUGUUUGUCUGCGUUGUUUCACCGACGAAAGAUUUCUCGAAGUUUUAGAAGAAUAUAAAUCUGGAAAAAUAAAGGAACGUUUGGAGAAGGAACUUUCGGACAUUGGAAUUGAAACGGAGGGAUUGGUGGUGGUUGGCAUCGAGAAUAUCAAAGAAGUUGAAAAAAAGGCAGCAGCUUUGAAGAUUAGUGCAAUGACUACCCCACAGAUUAUUGUUCAGGGGGGCGCGUACUGGCAAAAACCCAGGGAUACCAGUCUUGAGAUUUCAGAUGAUGAGUAUAAAAAUAUACUCAAAGAAUCUGCAAAGACAGGGUAUGCUAUUUUAAUGCGCGACGGGGGAACAGCAGUUGAUGCCGUAGAAGCAGCAGUCCGUGUUUUGGAGGACAGCGAACAUUUUGAUGCUGGUUACGGAUCAUUAUUGAACAACGACGGUGAAGUUGAAUGCGACGCUAUGAUCAUGGAUGGAAACACGUUGGAUAAUGGAGCAGUGAUAACUGGACGAAAUUUCCGUAAUCCUGUUUCACUUGCCAAGAAGAUCAUGAAUGAAACAGUUCACUGCGCCUUGAGUGGCGAAGGUGCUUUGCAGUUUGCUCAAAGAGAAGAAUUUCCCAUUUCCGAACAGGAAGAACUAAUCAGCCCAGGAGUGAAAAAAUUGCAAAUUCGAUAUCCAGAUUUUGUAAAAUAUGAACGUAAUCGCUUCAAAGGAAUUCCAACACCAGCGAGUGACACAGUAUCAGCUGUUGCAAGGGAUGCCAAUGGUUAUUUAGCUUGCGCGACGUCAACAGGUGGGGUAGCAGGACGUAUGAAAGGUCGUGUUAGUGAUGCAUCAUUGGUGGGUUGUGGGGGUUACGCAAAUGAACACGGAGCAGCAACCACAUCUGGACUAGGAGAAUCUAUAAUGAAAAUGACCCUAGCAAGAGAGGUCGUUUACCAGAUGGAGGGUGGACGGAAUGCUCAGGAAUCUGCGGUAAUGGCUUUGGACAGGAUGAGAGAAAGAUUAGGUGACGUAGCUGGUGUUACUGCGAUUGACAAUCAGGGAAAUUUUGGAAGGGCUUUUACUACCGAAAUGAUGGUUUGGGCAAGCAUCAAGGACGAUAAAAUUCAAUUCGGCUUGAAACCAAACGAAGUCGAAGAAGAGAAAUUAUAAAAGAAAUCAUAUUUUUACAAACAGUUUCAGCGUGAACUUUCGAUAGGAGAGCAAAUAAUCAAUGUUCACGUUUAUAGGUUACACAUACUUAGACGAAAAGAUUCAUGAAGCAAUCUUUAUACCUUAACUAUAGGAUUGAAAACCAA